GUAAUCUUUCAUCAAAAUUAGAAGUUGCCAUGAGCGGAGGCAUUAUUGAAAUUCAAGAAUUACGAAUAAAGCAUUUUAUAAACGUUAAAUUACAAUUUUCACAAAGCUUUUUGACUGAACUUCAUAAUUCUUUAGACGACAGAACAUUAUAUUUGACAUCGUCCGUACCACUGCGAUUACUAGCAAUGCGCUUCAAGAGUCCAUUCUCUUUAAAAAAGAAAGAAGAAUCGCAACAGUGGGGAAAGAUUGAGGUAUAUGAAAUCGAAUUAAAAAAAGAAGCUCGCAGUUUAGUGCUAAAUGGUGAUGUGGAAGAUGGAGGGCUUGUCGAGUUGGCACAGAUAUGGGAGCCUGAUAAGUUUGAAAUAAAGGAUAUUAAACCCGAAGAACUAGAAGGAAAAAAAACGCGACCGCCAACAGAUAAAAAAGACCGCCAGUCAACUGAGAAGAGGAAGAAAAAAUCUCCUGAAAAAUCCAGCGGUAAAAAGAAUGUGGUAAAGAUUCGACCAAAGUUGAAGGAAAUACUAGUAUAG